CCAAGGUGCACAGCUCUCUGCCGGCCUCAGGCUCAGGACGUGGUGGCCAAUAGACAUGGCUCAGUUUUCCGAGGUCUUGGCUGAAAUAGGCGACUUCGGUCGCUUUCAGGUGCAGCUGCUGCUGCUGCUGAGUGUGCCCAACUUCCUGUCCGCCUUCUAUAUGUUCGGCCAGGUCUUCAUGGCCCUGGAGGAGCCCCACCACUGCUCAGUGGCCUGGGUCAGGAACCUCACCUUGAACCUGAGUGCUGCCGAGCAGCUGAACCUGAGCGUGCCCCUGGACGCUGCGGGCAAUCCCGAGCCCUGCCGCAUGUUCCGGCCGCCCCCCCACGGUGCCAGCCUGGAGGACAUCCUCGGCCACCGCUUCAAUGAGACACAGCCUUGCGAGGGGGGCUGGGAGUAUCCCGAAGACAGGCCCCCGUCCCUAAAGAAUGAGUUCAACUUGGUUUGUGAUCAGAAGCACCUGAAGGAGACCUCGCAGUCAGUGUACAUGGCCGGCCUCCUCAUCGGCGCUCUCAUCUUUGGGCCCCUCUGUGACUGGAUUGGUCGCAAAGCCUGCAUCCUGAUCCAGCUGCUGCUCUUUGCCAUCAUCGGCCUGGCCACGGCGUUUGUGCCCACCUUUGAACUCUAUAUGGUCCUGCGCUUUGCUGUGGCUACAGCUGUCUCUGGCUACGCCUUGACAAAUGUCACCCUGCUUGCAGAGUGGGUGGGGCCCUCGCGGAGGACCCAGGCCGUGGUCCUGGCCCAGUGCAGCUUCUCCGUGGGGCAGAUGGCCCUGGCCGGGCUUGCCUAUGGCGUCCGUAACUGGCGGCUCUUUCAGAUCGCAGGCGCCGCGCCCGUCCUGCUGCUCUUCUUCUACUUCUGGGCUCUGCCAGAAUCUGCCCGCUGGCUCCUGGCCCGGGGGAGGGUUGAGGAGGCUAAACAAGCCAUCCAGAAGGCGGCCUCAGCUAACCGGCGUAAACUCUCCCCAGAGCUGCUGAGCCAGCUGGCCACUGAGAAGACAGGCCCCUCGGGGAACGCCCUGGAUCUGUUCAGACACCCCCAGCUCCGGAAGGUGACCCUGAUUCUCUUUGCCGUCUGGUUUGUGGACAGUCUGGGGUACUUCGGCCUGAGCCUCCAGGUGGGGGACUUUGGCCUGGACAUCUACCUGACGCAGCUGAUCUUCGGAGCCGUGGAGGUGCCCGCCCGCUACUCCAGCAUCUUCAUGAUGCAGUGCUUCGGCCGCAGGUGGAGCCAGAUGGGGACUCUGGUUCUGGGGGGCCUCAUGUGUAUCAGCAUCAUCUUCGUCCCGGCAGACCUGCCCGUAGUGGGCACCGUGCUGGCCAUCGUGGGGAAGUUCGCCACAGCUGCUGGGUUUACCAUCUCCUACGUCUACUCCGCUGAGCUCUUCCCCACCAUCAUCAGGCAGACGGGCAUGGGGCUGGUGGCCAUCUUCUCGAGGAUCGCGGGCAUCCUCACGCCCCUGGUGAUGCUGCUGGGCGACUACCACGAGGCCCUCCCGAUGGUCAUCUACGGCAGCCUCCCCAUCGGGGCGGGCUUGCUCUGUGCGCUGCUGCCCGAGACACGCGGCCAGGCCAUGAAGGACACCAUCCAGGACCUGGACCAGGGCCCCCAGCCGCGGACUAAGAAGUUAGCGCCCGCAGACAAUGAAAGGGGGGCCCCGGGAAGAACUCCCAGCCCAGGGGAGGCCUCUGUGAGCAGCACGUCCUUCUGACCUCAUUCCCUGGACACCGCAGGACCUGAGAGCAAGGCCGGCUUUGCUGAUGGAGGCAACACACCAGGACCCGACUCCAGCACCAGCACCCUCCUGGGACGGGGCCGCUCCCCUUCUUAUCCCUUGAGCCCCACCCCAACACCCUCUUCUGGGUCAGGGUCUUGGUUGUAACUUGCCCUCUGAUAGUCUUGUGGGGGGUACAGCUCCCCUGACCCCUCCAUCUCUAUGGCGCCUAGAGGUGGUGGUAGGUGCAGGGCCCGUUGUCCUCUUUGUAAACCCAGCGUGGACGCGUCCAGCAAUCCUCUCGGAUACCUGGACAGUUGUCACUCACGGUUCUCAGCUGUGAAGCGACGGACAGUUCUGUUUUGCUUCCUACUUGGUUACCCUCAUGGAGUCAGUCCCAAGCCAAAGCCUUCUCUUGGGGACACUGCACCGUCUUUCUUGGCACAGUGUGGCACCCGGGCUGAACUGCCCUGGUGAGAAAUAAACACCCGAGCGGAGCCAGGAAAGGGCCAGUUCAAAGCGGAAGGCGGUUUUCAGCUCUAAGAUGCGGACCCUUGCACCCCUUUGAGGCGCAGUGAUCUUUCCUGAAAGAGACUUAAAUGGACCCUCUAUUGGCACAAGCAAGAUGCAAAAAUCAGCUGUUGCCCCCGGACAGGUCUUCGGAGACUCAUUUCUGUAGGGACUGGGGGCCCCUGGGGAGAAAGGUUUUUCCCCCUGGGUGUAUUACAGCGUGCCCCGUGGCUUCCUCUGGCCCACGGGUAGAUGCUCGUCUUUGGGCGCUUGCUGGUGUGAGAUCAGCAGCUGAGACCCCCGAGAAGACAUGCAGCCUGAUGUGGACUCGACCCCAAGGAGCUGUGGGCGGCCUGGGCUGGGCUGGGCUGUUCUGCCUCGGUUGGGGAGCCCAGAACAGCCCAGAUUCGGGGUGGUGCUAGCAGUGGGCCCACUGCUCAUGCUAUAGCCAGCUUUGUGGAAGAUAGUGCAGAGCUCCCAUCUCAGGCUUGGGUGCAGGAGCCCUCCUACGCUGGGCCUCAGGCUUCCCAUUUUCAAAUGGAUGAUUUUAUAGGUCCCUUAGCACUAGUCAGCAAGGACUCAUCUUGGCGGCCCUGGCUGGGUGUGAAAGGCAGAGGGCUUCACAGUCUGCCCCCAGGGUCCAAGGAGAUAGGAAAGGAGGGCCACCCUCCACCCUCAGGACACUGCCAGGCACUGGGCUGGACUGAGUCCUCAAGUGUGGCCCUGACUCAGCCACCCUGGACAUUGCCUCACUCGCUGCCCACUCACCCACUCCUCUGUCAGGGAGGGGUUAGCGUCUCGUUUCCUUGGCUUCUGCCCAGGAGGAGCCCCCUGGCCACCAGGCUUAGUGCCCGCCCUCCUCAGAGACCCCUGAGAUUGAGCCCUGUGCUGUGCAUCUUGUGUUUCCUAUGUCACUGUCAAAGGCGAAGGCACCUGCACUUCCCCUGCCACCUCCUCUACUUUGACACGGUCCUCACCGAGUCCAACCCACUGACCUGGCCUUAAGUUCACCCAGUGCCAUAGGUGGGUGGCUUUCAACAGUAAUUUAUUUUCUCACAGUGCUGGAGGCUGGAAGUCCGAGAUCAGGGUGCCAGCAGCGGCAGGUUCUGAUGAGGGCCCUCUUCUUGGCUUGCAGGCAGCCACCUUCUCGUGCUGCCUUCACAUGGUCUGUCCUCUGUGUGUGGAUGGAGGGUGCGAGAUCUCUCUCCUUCCUAGAAAGCCACUAAUCUCAUCAGGAAGGCCUGCCUUCAUGACCUCAUCUAACCCAAAUUACCUUCCCAAGGCCCAUCUAUUUUUUAUUG